CGAGCCCCAGCCGUGGCGUGGCGGCGGGCAGCGGCUUCAACCCCGGUUCAAGCUCCGGUUUCGGCACUGGAGGACGCGCUGAGCGCGGCAGGGCAGGCACUGUUGAUAUAUGAAGAUGAAACCAUGAAGAGGAAGCAGAACAAAUAAUAAUGCUUUUCCGAAACCGCUUUCUGAUCUUGCUGGCUUUGGCAGCCUUAUUAGCCUUUCUGAGCCUCAGUCUGCAAUUCUUGCAUUUAAUUCCGGUAAACCCCAUCAGGGAAGAUGGGUUGAAUCCUAAGAGCCGAAAGAGAAUAAUGCCUGAUUUCCUGACUGAGCCUCCUGCAAUAGAUCCCAUUUAUGAAGCUCGUGUUUACUGCAAUAUUCCCAGCAUUGCUGAACGCAGCAUGGAAGGUCAUGCACCUCAUUAUUUUAAGCUUGUGUCAGUUCAAGUGUUGAUUCGACAUGGUGAUAGGUAUCCGCUAUAUGCCAUUCCCAAGACAAAGAGACCUGACAUCGACUGUAUGUUGGUGCCUAGCAGGAAACCUUCUCAUCCUCAGCUUGAAGCUUUCAUUAAACAUAUGUCCAAAGGCUCUGCAGCCCAACUGGAUGGUUCCCUGAGCAGCCUGCCACGUUACCCUAGUCAUUCCUUGUGUGAAAUGGGAGAGCUUACACAGACAGGGGUAGUGCAGCACUUGAGAAAUGGACAACUAUUGAGGGAAAUUUAUAUAAAUAAGCAUAAACUGCUGCUGAGUGACUGGACAGCAAAGCAGCUCUACUUGGAGACAACGGGGAAAAGCCGAACCCUGCAGAGCGCGUUGGCGCUGCUCUACAGUUUUUUGCCAGAUUUUGACUGGAAGAAAAUUAAUAUGAGGCAUCAGUGGAGCACCAUUUUCUGCUCUGGAAGCUGUGACUGUCCUAUGCGAAACCACUACCUAGAAGAGGAGCAGCGCAGACAGUACAGUUUACGGGUGAAAAACAGUGAUUUGGAGAAAAUCUACGUGGAUAUGGCCAAGAUUGUGGGCAUUCCCACCAGGCAGUUGAGAGCUUCGAACCCAAUAGAUUCUCUCUUGUGCUAUUUUUGCCACAACGUCAGUUUUCCGUGUACCAAAACUGGCUGCAUUGCUAUGGAACACUUCCAAGUCAUCAAAAGACAUCAGUUGGAGGAUGAGAGAGAAAGACAAGAAAAGAAACUUUAUUUCUUGUAUGCACUGUUGGCUACUCAUCCUCUCCUCAACCAGACUGUCAAUCGGCUGCAACGCAUUGCAGAAGGCAAAAAAGAGGAAAUAUUUGUCCUUUACUCUGCACAUGACGUCACAUUGUCACCUGUUCUUAGUGCCUUGGGCAUCACAGAGGCCAGAUUUCCUAGAUUUGCUGCCAGGUUAGUUUUUGAGCUGUGGCAGGAUGGGAAGAGACCCAAAGAACACUUCAUCCGCAUCCUGUAUAAUGGCGCCGAUGUCACAUUCCAGACCUCCUUUUGCAAGGACUAUUAUAAACGUUCCAGCAAGCCAAUGUGCCCACUAGAAAAAUUUGUCAGCUUUGUCAAGAGGGAUAUGUUCUUAAUUUUUAACAGCACUAGUUACUAUGAUGCGUGUCACAGAAGACCACUGUAGAGAAGAAAGGUGAAAAGGAAGUGGUGUUAACUUGUGUUAUCAGUUGAAGUCUGUAUUCUGGUUGAGGCACAGUACUGGGAAUUUUAAGUACAAAAGGAUAUUGCUUGCAACAGUCUUCAAAUAGUUUUAUUUUCAUUCAGGCUGCUGCUGAUCUCCAAUAGAAGAACUGAGGGAGUAUCUCUGUGUGUGUGCUCACAGAUGCUGUGUUACCUGUAAUGAUAAAUCCAUGGGCUACUGUAAUCUGGGUGUUGCUUGAUGAAAAUUGAGAGAGCAGAGACUUUUGUUUCUCUGUAUUUCAGAGCAAUACUUGGAUGCCGGAAGUUUGAAACCAAACCCAUUCUUUCCCUCCCCACCACUGUCUCACACUCAUUGUAAGCAGUUUGUAUCAAGGUCUUUAUGAAUUCCAGGUAUCUGCAUUAAACUGUUUGUGAGGAAUUCUAGAAGCUCCCUACUCAGAAGCAUUUUAGGGUUUAGGGGCAGGUCUUUGAAGCAAAGUGCAUGUAUGCUUACUUCCUGAGCAUGUCCAAAUGAUCCUGUGCCUUUUUAACCUCACAGACCUAUAAAUGCCUGGCUAUUGUUGCCAGUGCCAGAGAAGGGUGUACUGGAAAAUGGAUACAAACCCCUCUUCUUUAAUUGCACUUUCAGCACUUUGAAUAGUUCAGACACAGUCCAGAAAUACAUAAAAUCUUGUGACAUGACAGUAGGUAGCAAACACUAAUGUUGCUACUAAACCUGAGUGAGAAGUUAGGAUUAGAAAUCAGUUUUAUGGUGAAGUGUUGGCUCUUUCCCUUUGUGAACAUGUUCAGGCUGCUGUGCUGUGAACAAAUCAGUGUUUUAGGAGUUUGAUAUAGUGAUUGCUUGAGACAGCUUGACUAAACACUAAGAGAAUUUUGUAGCUGAGUUAGUAUUUUUAUGGCCUAGGGAGCUCUUCUUUUGUAAGAUCAGACCUGUACAUACUGUACUGUGUGUAUUUAUAACACAGUAGAUCUUUCUUACUUCUUUAGUUAGUCAAGACUUGUGAAGCUCAUUUUUAGACAUUUUUUCCCCUUGAUCAGGAUGUUUAGUCUUAAGAGUAAACUGUCUUUUAUGGUGACUUGACGUGUAGAUAUGAGAACUUCAAACUGCUUUCAUCUCUUUAGAAGGAGUAAAUUGAAAACUAAUUUUUUAAUAGAACUAGGAAUUUUGUAAUGAUGAAGGUUUUUUACACCUCUAGGAAUUAUUUAGUCUGUGACUUGUGAUUCAAUGGUGCUAGUUCAUCAAAGAAAACAUAACUCAGCCUAAGUUCUCUGACUAUUGGCAUUCCACACUGUUUUCAAUGGUGCAUUUGAAAACGUUUGUUCAAAUAAAAUUUGGGGACUCUUUGUAUAAUCCUGUGUUACAUUUUUUCUGACUUCUUUUGCUGUUUGCAAUAACAAAAUCUGUUGGAGCUUUACUGUUUGGUGACCAUUUGCAGGAAUGUUGCUGAAAAUAUUAUCAAGGGCAUAUCCCUGGUGUUUCAAGUUAGAAAAUGUGAACCCUUCAUAGCACCUGCAAAUGCCACUUCUGGUGUCUCCAAAAGCCUGUACUAGGAAUACCAUCUUACCUUGUAUCUUUUGAAGAUAGACCACAGAACUAGUUUGUUUUGAUUUUCUUCUUCAAAAAGAUGCCCUUUGUUUUAAAAGUUUGGAGAUGCAGCUUUGAGUUGGAGAUGUGGAUUUGGACAGAUUUCUCAUUUGUUUGGCUUCGAAAAGC